GGGCCGAGACUCGCUUUCGCCACAGCGUGUCGGGUGCUUCGGCCGGCUUGUUUCGGAAAGCUCUGUCUUACAAAGUUCGCGCUGUCUCGCAGAGUCCGCGCUCGACUUUUCCCAACCUCUAAAUUUUCCGUGGAACGACAUAUUUUCCAUCAGACUCGUUUCGUUCGCUCCUCGUAGCCGCGAUAAAAUGUGUCGUUAACGUGUGAGAAUAACCGAAUUUGGCAGGACCAAUUGCAACUUUCGUGUUCCCAAGACGUGGUUGCUUUAUUCUCGUUCGAAGGAGUGUAUUGCUGGUUGCCGAGCCCGGGUGCUUUGCCGGUUGCCUAGCUCUCUUUCGAAGAGGUGUUUCGCCUGUUGCCUGGUUUCAUUUUGAAGGGGCGUAUUGCCGAUUGCCUAUAUUUUUUUAAAAAAGACGUUUUGCCGGUUGUCUAGUUGGCUUUCGAAGGGGUGCAUUACUGGUUAUUGUGUCUUCUUUGAAAAAAGUACUUUGCCGGUUGCCUGACUCUCGUUAGAAGGGGCUUUUUCCACGAGGUGUUUUGCCGGUUGCCUAGUUCUUUUCUGAAGGGGUGCUCUGCCGGUUGCCUAGUUCUCUCCGGAAGGGGCGAAUUGAGAUGGCGAUGACGGAGACACACGGGUACCACGGGGCGUAUCCGUUCAAGGGCGUGAUCACGAUCACGGAGACGAAGGGCGAAGAGGUGGCGGGGCGUUCGGGAGGGCGCGGCGUGUCGACGGGGAUCACGCUGCUCCCGCUGCCGACGUACACGAAGCUGGAGAAGUCGACGUCGGAGCCGAACGUGUCGGAGAACAACAAGGAGACGACGCCGAGGAACAGUUUCGACGACACGGAGGACGACGCCGAGGAACCGGCCAAGACGCGGGGUUCCAAGUCGGAGGGCCACCUCGGCCCCGAGGAGAAUGUCACCGAGCUUCUACCCCCCGCCCCCACACCCCUCCCACCACCAUCGCCACCCACCGACAGGAGGGAAUCCCUGUCAGCUAAGGUGGAUCAGACUCACAUUGAUGAAGGGAGAAAACGAUUAACAGACGGUGAUUGCAGGAUGAUCCCCGACUACUCGGCCAGCGGCGUCAUGAAUGGGCAGCAGAUGAACACGGACGGUCUCAUCCUCCCUCGAAAGCCUCACAACCCUUGCAUGGACUCCAUGGAAAGGCAAAACCUCCACAGGGAACUUCUCCUCAAUCAAAAGAUAGGCAAAAGUGUGUUAAAUCAAAAAUCCGAGCUUCAGCGAGCGUUAGAGAAACACAAAGAAUCGCAAAGCAAGAAGGAAUUAGAACAGCAAAGACUAGAAUGUCGAACGCCCUUCGAGCGCAUCAUCGAAGAGCGCGCCAAGAGAUUAGAAACGCUCGAAAAGCAAACUGUCAUUGAACCACCUGCUUCAAACAAACCUGAAUUUUUGCGAGUUCAUGCUAAAUUACGAGCUAAAAUGGACUCAAAGUAAUCAUCUCAGCACUAUUUCUGUCUAUAUGAGGUCAACCAAUGACUGUCUCUACUUACUUUAAACAUAAUUUUUUUUUUGUUUUUUAAGAAGAAGAAACUUACCCAUCUCUAUUUUGAGUGUGACUUGUAAAUAUUAAUAAUGAGUAGGAUUAAUCACAAAAUCAAGGGUAAAGAGAGAGAUCCAUAUUGGAUAAGUAGAAGAAUUGAAAUUGUUUGGUCGUUUGCAAUACUUGCUAUGGAUACUGAGGUUUCUUUAUAGACUAAUGGCAAAAUUUUUUAUAGAAAACAAAUUCCUGAUCUGCCCAAGAUUUUUGUUACUAUCAUUCUCGUUUGUUUGUCCUUUUGGAAAUAUUUAUGCCAAAAGGAACUAUGUGAAAUGCAAAUCCUAUGCUCAUAGUUCCUUUUAGCAUAAAUAAGUCUAUUUGUAUUAUGGGCAACAUCAAUGCCGCCAAGCUGAGGAAAAAAAGUGUAUGAACGCCCAGACGCCUUUCCCUCCACAAAACAUUCAUUUUUGAAUUUAUAAAUAAUUUUUCUUGAAAUUCUUUGAUACCGUAGAUUAAAUUAAAAAUAAAAAUCUCUGAAAAAUUGUGAGAAACAUACACAGUUUCUCCGAAAAUUUGUGUUUCAACCGAGGAAAUUUGACAAUGUCCAAAGGCUCAUACAGCGUUCUUCCUCAGCAUGGCAAACUAUGGGGACUCUUCAUCUCUCCUUCCAUCCGUUAAAAUGUCCUCGUAGGGUUCAAUUUUACUCUCUAAUCUUCUUAAUAUGGUUCAUUGAGAACUCCGCAACUGAUAGGUUUUAGUAAUGAUCCUGUGAGUUCUUCCAGAAUUUCAGAAAAGAUAUUGUUGAUGCAAAAUCUGAGUGACUGUUAGUUAGUUUGUUUGUUUGUUUGUUUGUAAGAUUUGAAGUGUACAAAAUGUAAUUAUAAGGGCUAUGUUAAAAUUUAUCUCAAAUUUAUUUGCAUUCAACAGUGUUGAAUUUGCAAGAAUGACUGUGUUUUGAAAAAAAAGAGACAAAUCUUAAUUCAUAAAUCAUAUGAGAAUUUAUUUUUUUGUAGAUUUAAAGAUUAUAUUUAUUAAUAAAGUAUUUUGAAUCAAGGCA